UGACGAUCGAUGAAGGAAUAUAAAAUUGUUACUAUUUGUGGGAAAAUUAAAAUUUAGAUUUGAAAAUCGUGUUGAUUUUUUGUCAGCUUUUGUCAAAAAUCGAACUGAUUUUAUAUUAUUUCACAUGAAUUUGAGUUCAUUUUGUCUCAAAAAUCCACGGGGAUUUUUCGGGAUAGAUUUCCGCUGUUGUCCAAUGAAAUCAUUUAAUCGUGACAAUGGGAUUCAUUUUGUGAUGGCAGAAAUUUUCUCCUUUUUUAUUCUUUGAUCGGCAUAACAUCGAAAACGCGUACUUCGUCUUAUUUUGAGAAGGUCUACGUAAGAAGUCCAUGGUGCUUGUUUGGAAUAUCAUAGUUUCUCCAAAUGUAGGAAAAUAUGUCCUCUAAAUUCUUUACUGUCAUCGAACUCAGCUCAAUGUGCAGAUGCUUUGUCGACAACGGUUUCUCCUUUUCUUAGAAUUAGAAGGAUCGUCCUUUUAUUGUUUUUCGUGAAAUAUCUCAGCUUUUCUGGCUUUGAAAAACUAUUGAAUAUGUCGAUGUUUAAUUCACUUAUAUAUAAAUAUUGCUAAAUAAACGAAUUAAAUAGUUCCUAAAAAUAGAAUAAAAACGUUUCUGCUCGUUGUUUUCCCAUCUCUCCAAUAGAAAUCUUCGAUUGUUUUUGUUUACUAACGUGUCUUGUUCUCGCUUAGAUAAAAAUUGUUCAUUUAAUAAAACUUGUUUAUUUUAUUUGUUUUAGAGCAGAUAGCUACUGCAGCAGAAUGUACUAUUUGCUUUCAAGCUAUUGAUGAGGUAGUUGCAUUUUUGAGACAUAUUCGUCAGUAUCAUAGCAGUUCAUCGAAGUUUUCAGCAUCCUGUCUUUGUGUAGUUCAAUUAUUUUCAAAUAUAAUAAUAUUCGAUCGUUUGCUCGUCAUAUUCAUAAUAAACAUUUGAAAUAUGAAUCAGCAAAAGAUGUCUUUCAAUAUGUAUUGACCCGGUUGAAAUUGUUCUUCCAACAAAUGCCAAAACUUAUUACCUUCCAAUUCGAAAUGUGCUACGCAAAAUAUUUCAAAAGUAAGAUUGUUAGGAUGUCAUUAGAUUAAAAAAAGAAAAAGUAGAACAAUUUCGAUAGUGUCCACAAAGUAAGAGUCAUUUAUUUUCCCAUCGAUGAUCUCUUACCUUAUCCUAAUUCAUUAAAGAUGUACAUUUAUUUUUGUUAUGUAAAACAAAAGAUUUUAAAGAACGGCGUAAUCCGUUCCACAUUAUUUCUUCCGUUAGCCAACAAUAAAAAAUCACUAAACGCUAAUGGUGUAUUUUUAAUGAACGAGCAAUAUCCAACAUAUUUUACUUACUCCGAACCUAUGUGUGUUCAUUUUCUUUGCUCACUGGUUUUCUCUCUCUGUAGGUUGUUGUUGUAAAUUUUGUCUAACGCAUUAUGAUGGUAUGAAAAUUGUUAAUGAUGAACGUCAGAUACUAAUACGAAUACGAGAAUCUCACGAGAUACAUGUACAAUACGUACAAACAGUUCCAACGGACGAGCAAAUCUAUGGUGUUGUUGGAAAAGUAAAAUUAUCAAUGCUACCAUCGUUUCAUCCAAUUAGUACCCUACCACCCGAUUUGAUACAUGUUCGAGGGUGUAAUGCCCCGAUUAACAUUUGCUUUAUUAUGAUGCGACUCAUAACAUCUGCCAAGUUGGACGUUGAUGACGUGUUGGAUAUGAGUUUGAUAGUCACCAUUAAGCAAACAACAGAAGUAGUCAAAAUUUAUCGUUCCUAUUCAUUUGGAACAGAAGAUUUGUGGAUAUUAUUACUUAUUGAUAGUGAUAAGAAAGAAUUUUCUUCAAUUAUAAAUUAUGAUAAAUUGUUAGAAUUAAUCGAAAAUGAUCAUCCUAUAGAAACAACAGGUUAUAUGCUGUUUAAAUCGCUUGAAGAAAUGUCUAAAGAACUAAGUGUAACUAAUCACAAUAUGGCUGGAUUAUAUAUUUUACAAAAACAGUUAGACAACCUUACCUAA